AAGACAUUCGAAACUGUAGUGAUGGAUGACCUUGAUCCAGACAGAGAGAACCUGUACAUAUGGAUGGCUUCACAUCGAGGACGAGAAUGUAGGAAUUCUGUAAAGUAAGCUACGCAGCAACAAGCGAACAAAACAUUGCAUGUCCGGAGCCACGUCUGAGGCGCGGACGGGGGGGUUUGAGGCAACGUUGCUGAGGUCCGGAAGCGACAGACAGACAGUCGUCGGAGUGAGCCACUCGCACAAUUCUGUGCGGGGAUCGUGUCAUUCGAUCGGGUGCAUCGAGCGGAGACGUCGAAGGCACUCGAACUUCUAGGGCCGAGGAGCCUAGUUACCGGCUGACAGUGCACCAUCGAUGCGCAAUCUGCCUAAUCAAUUGUUUGCGGUAGUGAUGGAGCUUUUGAAAAAGAAUUUCCACAGUGAGCAUGCGAGCGAGAGGGCGGGAGUUGUGGGGGGAUGUCUGUCAGUCAGAGCGCCUCAACAAGAACAAGAAGACGGGUGGGGUGUUUGUUACUGUAGAGCCUGAACAGAAGGCAGGACAAGGAUCCGACGACAAUGGUACUGUAGGUACCAGGUCAGGUGGUGGUAGGUGAUAUAACACUUACAUAUUGUGGUUUCGAAAAGAUCAAAAGGAAGCGAAUGGCUGACAGUGGGGGAAUUGGCAGCAACCCAGGCGACGAUGACUCCGACGUGAGAAGCUUUGUGUGUGAACGGACUCGUCGCUGACAGGACGGACGUUGAGGAGCUACACAUCUACUCGACUUAGAUAUUUUAGGUACCGUUAGAAUCUACUAGCUUUUUUCCAGGGUUCAGAAAAAGAAUCUGGAGAUUUUCGAGCCAAUCACAAAUUCGUUCCGGUCAUUCCAAUCUAUCAACAAGACGUUAAAUAAUUCAUGCUGCAACUGUUCGGGGAUUGGUUCACCUGUGCUCGAUGAUAAGCUGUGAGGAGAUAUAAGGAGAGCGCCCGAGAAUUUAACUUGUGCAGGUGGAAUCCAAAACAUCGGUCCUACUGCUCUCUCUGCACAUCGUGUGGGUGCUCCAUUGCAGAAGCAGGAGCUGAACUGCAGGAACCAGGUGAGACAAGAAGACAAAUCACACAGUGGUGCGUUCUUGUGAUCGGAGCUGGUUGGAUUCAUCCUCCUUGAAACCCCGGCAGGGAAUGAUGGUUCCAUUAGACAGUCCACUGCACCUACGAGUAGACUUGUCUCUUUUCCCUCUUUCUGCGAUGGACGGUGCAACAAACGGACAAGAAGGAUGGCUCUCGAACACGACAUGGCGAAGACGGAAAGAACGCGGCUAGCGCCCAUUCUUCUAGUGUGGGCGCACACCGCAGCGCCAGCUCUCCGUACCCGUGAUUUUCCCAAGCUCAAGCUAUACAUUGUUCUUGCCGUUGGCUCCCCCCGUACUGAUUUUCCUACAGGUCAAGCGAAAAGAGUUGUAGUUGGUUCACCAGGAACGCCAGCGUCACUGGUCUAGGUCAUUUCCAUUCAUGGUAGGUGGUGCGUCGACGACCCGUGCAAAUUAUCACUACUGUCCUCCAAAAUAACCUCGCUUCCUUGCUCGAGUGGUGGGCUUGUGCGAUGAGUGAACGCAAGGAUUUGCGAAUUAACUAUCCAGUAACAGUUUUGUUAGUGGCAUAUGUCCUGUACAUCUGAAGGCCAUCCGAGUAUCGGCUUCACACAACGAAACUUUUCAGGCCCAGAGACAGUCUGAUCACCAAUCGAGAGCGUUCGUUUCAUCCUCACCACACAAGUCAUCGAAGGAAACGGAGGCACGACAGUAUUUCUAAUUACGCAGGAGAAGAACUUCUCGAACGAAGAAACAUGGAAAUAAAAUAAUAGCAAAGUAAUCGAGGUAAGUGAGCCAGUAAGAUUAGCGAGGCAGGACAAAUGAUAGUUUCUGGAUAGUAGCAAUCAUACUCUCGCUAAAAAUAUGCUAAUAGUACUGAGCUUAUGUAAGAAGCUGGAGUUAAUCUGGUGGCUGUGAAGACGGCAGACGACUAUAGCCUUUCCCAAAUUUAAGCGUGCUGCAAAAUCUCUCGAGGAGGGAGAGCAGGUGUAAAGCUACUUCUCUGCAUCUUCUCUGGCAAGGACACAAGUUCUGUCCUUAAAAAACCACGAGAGUUUUGUGUGAUUCCGCCGUCAGACGCUUGAUAUUGUUCUCACUGAAGUCACAGUUUGCCCUUCCUUUUGAUCCUCACAUUGGCAAAGAAAGAAAGGUGGGUACAACUACAUAGCACCCUGCAACACGCCAUGCUGAGGUCAGAGGCCGGCAUCUACUGGCUCUUGCUUGCCUGUGCAGUCUGAUUCGUAAGUUUAACAUAUGCUCGCCCCAAAUUUGGUAAAAGUACCAGAACAGAAGUACAAGUAUAUAUAGCAGUCAGGAUGAUCUCUCCUUCAUCAUUGACUCCAGGAACACCUUUCUGCUCUCCAUUUCAACUACGUACUCUCGUGGUUCGGAGUUGGAAUAGAAUCAAAUUUGAUGGAAUGACAUGGAAUCGACUGAUCUUGCAUGGUCCGUCUUUCCUGCCACCAGAUAUAUUUCGUGGGUCGGAAGGAGGGAAGAUCUUGUCAAAUGAACAAAAUCCUCAGACGCCAGUAUGAGUACAGUUCUCUUUUUUUUUUUGUUUGCAAGUGCUUUUGUUGAAUUGGCUCCUGCUCGUCUGUUCUCCUUCGCUUUGUCAUGUUCAAUGAAAAGGAGAAAGUAAACUCAACUAAAUCGACCCCUACAGAACGUCAGAGGGUGCCUAACGACCUUUUUUGAAAAGAAAAAGCAGCAGUGUCCACAAAAUGGAGAUGGCCGGAUAUACUUAAUCGGAAUCCUGGCUUCCUAAUGGCUGGGAGCGCACAAUUUAUUAGUGGAACCGGCCUUUAUUGACUGGCAGACUGGAAAAAACCAUCCGUUCUCUGCUGAUAAAACUUCGCCAAAAAGAACAUACAUGGAACUUAGAUGGUGAAUCAGCAGAUGCGAUCCGAACGUUCUGUGGUUUCUAAACAACACCCACACUUCAACGGCCCAAAUAUGAGACCCUUGCUUUUGGUUUCUCCUUUUCCCUCCCUGGAAAAAGGAACGGUGGCCCCGUGUGAAGAAGUUUACGUGCAUUGGACAUACUGAGAUCUAAUAUCAGAUGGGACAGAGCAAAUAUGAUCAUGGGAAGAGAUAAUAUGAAAGCGGUCUGGUCGAUUAUGUGUCAUGGACGAUGAGACCACUGAUCUUUCCAUACUUAUUUUGUUCUCUGUCCGAUCCUAUCCACGCAUGUUCGACUGGGUUUACGUAGGGGGCAACUGCGGUCAUGCUGGAGACAGUUCUAUCAAUCAGGCGACGAUGGAGCCAUGCAAUCAUUUUGCACACUACUGGACUAGGAGUGGGAUUAAAGUACUGUAAUACGUCGCGACAAUCAAACAACGUAUUUCUUCUCAGAAGUAAUUCUCCUUAUCUCUAUACAUUUAUUUUUUUAACACU